AAAAGGCAAGACAUCUCGAAAAGAAAAAGAUCUACAAUUCAUUCAAUCUUACACAUUUACUUCCACCUAUUUAUUCAUCAUGAGCGACCUGAAUAUCCCUGAAGACUACCUUCCCGUUGUCGAUGGAUUGCUUUGGAAGAAGAUCCUUCGUGAGGGUUCUGGCGAUUCCCCCACAAAAGGCUCGAAUGUUACUGUUCAUUAUGUUGGAACGCUCUUUAGCAACGGCGACAAGUUUGACUCUUCGCGCGACCGUGGCUCUCCUUUCAACUUCAAGCUCGGCGUUGGCCAAGUAAUCAAGGGAUGGGAUGAGGGUGUCAAGACAAUGAAGGUUGGAGAGUUAGCAGAGCUUGUGUGUGCUCCGUCAUAUGCUUACGGUGAACACGGAAGCCCACCAAAGAUCCCUGGAAAUUCGACUCUUAAAUUUGAGGUCGAGCUGUUCGAUUUCCAAGAGUCUGCCGAUAAUCCCAAAGCUAAGUUGGCCCUUGCUAAGAAGAAGAAGGACCAAGGAAAUGAAUCAUUCAAGGCAGGAGAUAACGCGACGGCUGCAAAGGCAUAUAAGGAAGGUGCUGAUGCACUUAAGGAUUUUGAAGGCGCCACUGAAGAACAGAUUCAAGAGGCCACGCCCCUCAAGGUAGCUCUUCUCGCCAACUUGGCUGCUGCUUACUUGAAACUGAACGAAAACGGAAAGGCUGCGGAAGCAUGUCUGCAGGCCUUGAGCAGCCAACCCGACCAUGUUAAAGUCACCUAUCGUCUCGCACAGGCAUAUCUGGGAUUGAGUGAGUUCGAAGAUGCCAAGAAAUAUGCUCAACGUGGAUUGGACCUUGCGCCUGGUGAUACUACGUUCACAAGUUUAUUGUCUGUGAUCAGCUCCAAACAAGCUGCCUUCAAGAAGAAGGAGAAGGCUGCAUACAGCAAGAUGUUCAGUUAAAAAUCUACUGCUAAAAUAUUACAAUAAAGACAAAUUUACUAC